CUGUUGAAAAGUUGGCAAAGAAAUUUCUCCCCAAAUCUCCCUGAGAGAGAGAAGAACAAUCCGACGACUUGUUUACUCCUUCGGCAUAUAAAUCAUUACACCUUUAUCAUUGGCUAGCUUUGUGUGUAUAAAUCAGAAUUCAUCGGAGAAUUAUAAAUGGAUCAGAUAUUGAACAAGGUGGGUUCCUACUGGAUUGGUCAGAAAGCCAACAAGGAGUUCAAUUCCGUCGGCGAUGACAUUAACUCCUUGCAAAGCAGUAUAGAAGGAGGAAGCAAAUGGCUGGUGAACAAGCUUAAAGGGAAAAUGCAAAAACCAUUGCCAGAACUGCUGAAGGAGUAUGACAUCCCAGUAGGCAUUUUCCCUCGUGAUGCUACCAACUACGAAUUAAAUGAAGAAACCAAGAAGCUGACUGUUUAUAUUCCUUCAAUAUGUGAGGUUGGUUACAGGGAUUCAUCUGUAUUACGCUUCUCUACCACAGUUACUGCGUACUUGGAGAAAGGAAAGCUAGCUGACAUAGACGGAAUAAAAACAAAGGUGAUGAUCUGGGUAAAAGUUACUGCCAUUUCAUCAGAAAAAUCAAAGCUUUAUUUCACGGCUGGGUUGAAGAAAUCCCGUAGUAGAGAGGCUUAUGAGGUCUUGAGAGAUGGAUUUACUGUAGAUAAAUUCUAGUAGGAUCAGCUCAUGAACAUUAAGAUUGUAAUAUAAUCCGAUCAGUUGUGUUAAUAAGUACUUACUAUUUAUAAGUUUGGAUUAAAAUUGUAAUAUUAAUUGCACUUCUACUUGUGAAAUA